GGUCACUCCAGCUUCAUAACUCACCUGGAUUGGUCCAAAGAUGGAAAGUACAUUAUGUCUAAUUCAGGCGACUACGAGAUCCUUUACUGGGACAUCGCAGCCGGCUGUAAACUGUUGAGGAAUCGCUUCGAGAGCAAAGACAGAGAAUGGGCCUCCUACACCUGUGUGCUGGGCUUCCAUGUGAUGGGUGUGUGGCUGGAGGGCUCUGACGGCACGGACAUCAACGCUCUGUGCCGCUCUCACAGUGAGAGGAUGGUGGCUGUGGCCGACGACUUCUGUAAGGUCCACCUCUUCCAGUACCCCUGCCCCAAACCCAAGGCACCGAGCCACAAGUACCGGGGCCACGGCAGCCACGUCACCAACGUGUGCUUCACCCACAGCGACUCCCACCUCCUCUCCAUGGGCGGGAAGGACACCUGCAUCCUCCAGUGGAGGGUGACUGGGGGCGGGGGGGUCGAGAGCAGGGAGAGACUGGCCUCGGUCUCGUCCACCUCCCCCUACACCAGUUCUCCGGAGCCCGGCACCAGCUAGGACGGCUAUGGGCUGUUAACAGUGACGGAGGGGGGGCUGUUUACACAGCCAGAGAGGCGUGAGAGUGAGCGGACAGCAGCCACACUCAGGGGCCUCCGAGGGGCCACAGCUGCCUCAGUUUCAUACAGAACAUGUAGAGCAGGGGUCUCCAAACUUCUUUCACUGAAGGCAACACGCAGAAAAAUAUACCAAGAGCUGAGAGGUGAAACCAAUCAAAUGUAGGUCAAUUAUUCUUAUUAAUUGAACUUGCUUAGAGAAAAAAAACAGCCUAUGUCACAGCUUUCCAUUAAUUAUUACCAUUUUGUUCCAAAAAGGUUUGGCAGGUCUGAAGCCUCACAUUGAUCUCCCUGCACAGCCCUGUAUUGAAGGGGGGACAAUAAGGGAAAAUAUGAAGGGUAUAUUUCAAGCUUGUUAUUCAAAUAACUUAUUGGGGCUGCUUUUCUAUCAACUAAGAUUUGUUAGAACAAUUUAUCAACUUUAAAUGACUGAAUGUAUUGAGAAAUUGGGCUAAUUAACACAUAAAUAGUGUGUUAUAUUUGUUUACAUAUAUUUAAGAGGUAUCAGGUAGGGGCCAUAUUCCAUUAGAAUGAGCUGAGGGCCAAUUAGAAAUGGACCCAGGGCCACAGUUGGGCAGUUUGGACCCCCCUGAUGUAGAGGAAUCCUCUCCAGGAGGAAUGUUCACAUCACAUUUACACUCACUCCAUAAUCAUGUAAAUCCUUGUGAAACUGGACGGUGUGACUCCUCCCUGAACACAGAGUCUGUGGGGAGGAUCAUCACGUGUGUUACAGAACACGACUUCUACGGUGACAAACACUUUGGUUUCAGUGAACAUUCCUGCAUUUUAGUCCAUCUCAUUUAUCAAACUUACCAAAGUGCUGCAUCGUUUCCUACACAAUCGUGCCUUAAAGAUGUUUGCAUAGUGAUUUUGGAUAUUUUGUAAUAUUUCAAGCAGUGUUUGGUUGACAUCUCAGCUUAGCUAAUAUUGAAGACGCUUGCAUAAACAGACUGUGACAAACACCAUACCAAUCCUGACUAAUUCAUAUCUCUAACAGUAGAUCAGUACACUUGACAAAUGAUUACUUAAGUACAGUUUUAUAUAUUUAAGAGAACAUUGGGAAUACUGUGAUGUUGUACCUGCCAAGCUCCCAAUAAAUAACUGAAGACUGGAGA